AUGGCCACCCGCCAGCGUCACACUGCCACUGCUGGACCCGGUAGACGUAAUCAACAGUCACAGAAUCAGCGCCAGCGAGAGAACCAACGCACGCGACGUACGCCCCCGAGCAAUGAAGAGCACGAGCACCGCCUCGACCGGGAUGGGGCCGACGACAGUUUCAACGACAACGUGAUGCCGUGGCCAGGCAUAGUGCCACCGCCUUUCCUCUAUCUGCCACCUCCUUUUGUCGGCUACCCCGAGCUUACGUCUCCAUUCAGCCCCUACGGUUCCUUCGUCGACGAGAACGGGGACAUCUUCGAUGCCUACUACGCGGCCGAGUACGCGGAUCCCGAUGGUUUCGAGUCGCAGGAAGAACCCGUACUUCACGAUUACAACAUUGACUUGCACCAGCACAUCGAAUACGCUCGGUUCCUGCACGCUUCCAUGAUGCGGGCGCACGAAGUUGGCGAGAGAGGCGAAGAAGAAGACAGCGGCACGGGUGAACCGCAUCACGGAUUCGCCGACGCAGCCGAGACACCGCGGCACGUCAUGAGCAGAGGUGGUUGCGGCGACGCCCAGGAUGACCCGGAGGCUUUGUUCCAAGAACCGUGGGACGAACUGCCAGACGACUACUACGGUCCCGUGGUGACCAGCUACGGCACCGUGUCCGUCAUCCUACAAGACUCCAUACGCGUCGACAUCGCGACCGACGGCUCCGUGCGAGUGGUCAACUUCGCCAUGCACUGCACGGCGGCCAUCGACUCCUCGGGCGACUCCAGCUGCGUGUGUCAUCCGUGCGGCCGCGUGCUCCAGGAAGGUGAGAACGUGGACAUGGUCUCGGGCACCAGGUUGGCCAAGGUCUCCAGCCGCGGAGUCACGUUCACGGCGCUCAACCACGGUCUCGUCUACCUGGUCGACGCUUCGGGAACCAAGUCGACCACCGAGCGAUUCCGAAACCUCUUCUACGACCUGCCGCUAAGCGUGUUCCACUCUAACCAAGAUCAGGGUACGGAGCGCUUCCGCGAGUGUUUCCGCCUAGUCCGGGAGGCGAGGCAGCGAAGCACGCGAAAUGGCGACGAAAUUUGGCUCGUCGGCUGCAUACGCAUCAAGCAGACGCCGUGGGGAGACGUCCAGGUGUCGCGUGACUCGGGCCGACGAGUCGUCUGGACCUCGCCCACGGCUGGAACCAUUUCGGUGGCCACGCCUCUCGUGAAAAUCGCCUUGAGCGUCGACCCCGGCCGAUUCUUUUUCGUCAAGAUGGGACAGAAGAAAAUCAGCGCCAGCGCAGAGGCCUUCACCGUGAGGAAUGGCAGCCAAAGCGCCGGCUUCGACAGUCAGGGUCGCGUCACUCUACCCUGACACCACUUUUC